UCCAGGCUGCGGGGCGGACGCAGCGCCUAGCGAUCCACCGCGGAGCCGCGCGAGGCCGCCCGAGCCCGAGCCCGAGCCCCAGCCCCAGCCCCGAGCCCCGAGCGAGCGCUGCCGCCGCCUCUCGCCAGCCGGUCCCCGGACGCGCCGCCGCCGCCACCGCCGGGAAGGCAGCCUGUGCCGAGCAAGUUGCGAGUGCGCUUCUCCUCCCGGGGAAAGUUUCCCCCGCGGCCGCCGACGGGAGUUGGCGCGGGAUCCGGCCACUGCCGCUGGAAGAGUUUAUCCUGAAGCUACCAUCAGAAAGAGACUUCAAGAGAAUCUUGACACCCCUGAACGGAAAAGACACGAGUUGAAAGAGGUGGGCAUCUCCUGGACAUCCCCGAGCUUGCAGGGAGCAGACCUUGCUACCCCAUCAUCCAAGCUACGUGAACCCUUUGAAUUUGAACUUCUAAAAACGUGGGCACAAUCUUUUUCCAGACUUCUCGACGCAGGCUACCCAGGACAAGCUGGGCCAAUAAAGGAAAUAUACAGGAACCCCUCUGACCAAGAGACUGUCCUGCUGACAUCAGAAGAACUGCCCAGGGGGAGCACCAUGGAAGGUGACUGUCUGAGCUGCAUGAAGUAUCUGAUGUUUGUAUUCAAUUUCUUCAUAUUUCUGGGUGGGGCCUGCCUGCUGGGCAUCGGCAUCUGGGUCAUGGUGGACCCCACCGGCUUCCGGGAGAUCGUGGCCGCCAACCCCCUGCUCAUCACGGGCGCCUACAUCCUCUUGGCCAUGGGGGGCCUGCUUUUUCUGCUCGGCUUCCUGGGCUGCUGCGGGGCCGUCCGGGAGAACAAGUGUCUGCUGCUGUUGUUCUUCCUGUUCAUCCUGACCAUCUUCUUGGCGGAGCUCUCGGCGGCCAUCUUGGCCUUCAUCUUCAGGGAAAACCUCACCCGCGAAUUCUUCACCAAGGAGCUCACCAAGCACUACCAGGGCAACAACGACACGGACGUCUUCUCUGCCACCUGGAACUCCGUCAUGAUCACGUUUGGUUGCUGCGGGGUCAACGGGCCUGAAGACUUUAAGUUUGCAUCAGUUUUCCGACUCCUGGCUUUGGAGAGUGGCGAGGUGCCGGAGGCCUGCUGCCGGAGAGAACCCCAGAGUCGGGACGGGGUCCUGCUGAGCAGGGAGGAAUGCCUCCUGGGAAGGGACCUGUUCCUGAACAAGCAGGGCUGUUACACGGUGAUCCUCAACGCCUUCGAAACUUACGUCUACCUGGCCGGAGCCCUCGCCAUAGGGGUGCUGGCCAUCGAGCUUUUUGCCAUGAUCUUUGCCAUGUGCCUCUUCCGGGGCAUCCAGUAGAGGGUGUGGCCUGAAGAUUGAAGACUCACCCCACCCACCACUGCCCAGCACCCAAUGCCCUCCCCUCCCCCUCACCCCUGCCCUCUUGGCCCUGGGGGAGGAGGUGAGGCCAUGAUGAGUGGCCAGGAAAUGGGGCAGAGGAAAAUAGCUAUUUUUUUAACAAAACAAAAUGAAGGCAAAAAUAUGGACUGAUGUAGCCCGUCUGGACUCCGGAAUGGGCGCCAUGGGGUUCUCCGCAGGGGCCCGGGCACCUGAACCCAGGAUGCAGACUGCACUAGAGACCAAAGCAACACCAGGGCCAGGCCCCCUCCUUGGUGCAGCCAGAUCUGGCAGCCCGGGACCUGGGCCCUCAACUCACAGCUUCAGGAUCUGGUGCCAAGGAAGUAAUAAGGAUUUAGGCAAGAAGGAGACAAAAGAAAAUUGUGGAGAAAGGUUGGCAAAGCCCAGGGGCCCUGAGGAGACCUGGUCACCAUGUCCUUGAGGACUCGGAACCUACUUGGAGUCCCUGGUCCUCCGAGGAUGGAGUUGUCCCUGCCUCAGGCCGGGGCCAAGAGUGGGCUGCAGAUGCUGGAUCCAAGGAUGGCCCAGCCGGUAGGGUCCGUGCUUCCCCAUCUGUUGGAGCAAAUAAUCUGGAAAGCCCAGAGAGGAGCAGUUUCUCAUCCACAGUCACACAGCACAUGCGUGACAGUUCUGGACAAGAACGCCGCCAUCCCCAGGCUGCCUGUCACUCCUUCCAAGGCUCUGUUGGUCCCAGCAGACCUACUGCUCACACCCCUCCCUGGCCUCUGCAUCCUGGUUUCCCCAGAAGAGAGCGGGCAAGCUGGCCAGGAAUUGCCUCUUCCCGGCUCCACAGCUAAGAAAAUCCUGGACUCUGCCCUCCCUGCUCUCCCUGCCACCUCCCCACACUUUCUCUAAGUCCCAGGAACACACACAUGCACACACACCACAGCCCCUUUUCUACACUGCCCACCUUUCCUCCACCAACUCCACCAACUCCCUGGCCCC